AUGACAUUAGAUAACCUUUCACUGGAUGACAUGACAUUAGAUAACCUUUCACUGGAUGACAUGACAUUAGAUAACCGUUCACUGGAUGACAUGACAUUAGAUAACCUUUCACUGGAUGCCAUGACAUUAGAUAACCUUUCCCUGGAUGACAUGACAUUAGAUAACUGUUCAUUAGAUGACAUGACAUUAGAUAACCUUUCACUGGAUGACAUGACUUUAGAUAACCUUUCCCUGGAUGACAUGACAUUAGAUGACCAUUCACUGGAUGACAUGACAUUAGAUAACCUUUCACUGGAUGACAUGAUAUUAGAUAACCUUUCCCUGGAUGACAUGACAUUAGAUAACCUUUCCCUGGAUGGCAUGACAUUAGAUAACCUUUCACUGGAUGACAUGACAUUAGAUAACCUUUCCCUGGAUGACAUGACAUUAGAUAACCUUUCCCUGGAUGACAUGACAUUAGAUAACCUUUCCCUGGAUGACAUGACAUUAGAUAACCUUUCACUGGAUGACAUGACAUUAGAUAACCUUUCCCUGGAUGACAUGACAUUAGAUAACCUUUCACUGGAUGACAUGACAUUAGAUAACCUUUCCCUGGAUGACAUGACAUUAGAUAACCUUUCCCUGGAUGACAUGACCUUUUCAAAUCAUGAGGUAUAUUGUGUAUAUGAUGCUAGCCACAUAUGUGUAGACCCAUCAGCACUUGAUGGAUGA